UACACCACCCACACUCUCUCUCUUCGUCUCUCUCUCUCUCUUAAUGGCGACCGCGUCUCUAACGCGCCGAAGCGUCGUCCUCCUCUCCUCCUACCCCUUCCCCGCACCCCCACGCUUCCCCCUCCAAACCCUAACCCUAACCCUAAACCCCUUCUUCUCCCAUCUCAAAUCACCGAGGAGCAAGAGGACCCCUAUCCUUUCCCUCUCCAUCUCCUCCUCUGCUUCCGUCUUUGCCGCCAACAAUGGCGUCACCAAUGGCGCCCCCACGGAGUCGAAGCCCUCGACGGAGCUCCACCUCUACAACACCAUGACGAAGCAGAAGGAGCUCUUCCGUGCUAGGGUUCCUGGGAAAGUGGGCAUGUACGUGUGCGGGGUUACGCCCUACGAUCUCAGCCACAUCGGCCAUGCGAGGGUCUACGUUACCUUCGACGUCCUCUACAGAUAUUUGCAGUAUUUGGGAUAUGACAUUUGCUAUGUUCGGAACUUCACUGACAUCGACGAUAAGAUAAUUAAAAGAGCAAAUGAACUGCGGGAGAAUCCUUUAAGUUUAAGCAGCCGCUUUUGUGACGAGUUCCUUUCCGACAUGGCUUAUCUUCAGUGUUUGCCUCCAUCAUUUGAACCCCGCGUUACCGACCACAUUAAUCAGAUUAUAAAUAUGAUUAAGCAGAUUCUUCUUAAUGGCUAUGCAUAUGUUAUAGAGGGGGAUGUAUACUUUCUUGUUGAAAAAAUUUCUGCUUAUGGUCGAUUAUCUGGUCGAAAACUAGAAGAUAAUGCACCUGGAGAAAGGGUUGAAGUGGAUGAGAGGAAGAAAAAUCCUGCUGAUUUUGCUCUAUGGAAAUCUGCAAAGGAAGGAGAACCAUCCUGGGACAGCCCAUGGGGAAAAGGACGGCCAGGAUGGCACAUAGAAUGCAGUGCCAUGAGUGCGACAUAUCUCGGCCAUUCAUUUGACAUACAUGGUGGGGGCGAUGACCUAAAAUUUCCUCACCAUGAGAAUGAAAUUGCUCAGAGCUGUGCAGCCUGUAGCAAAAGCAACAUAAGCUAUUGGAUUCAUAAUGGUUUUGUUAAAGUGAAGGGUGAUAAAAUGUCCAAAUCAAAAGGCAACUUCAUCACUAUCCGAGAGGUCAUAGAAGAUCACCAUCCUCUUGCUUUGAGGUUUUUCUUACUUGGCACACAUUACAAGUCUCCGGUCACCUACGAAGAUGCUCAGAUUUACAUUGCAUCUGAGAGGUUAUUCUACAUUUAUCAGACUUUGCAUGAUUGCGAAGAGAACUUAGGACGGCAAGAUAGAAGUAUUCCUGAAGAUUCUUUACCUGGCGAUGUUUUAGAUUGCAUCCGAAACCUUCGUCGCGAUUUUGAGAAAUCAAUGUCUGAUGAUCUGCAUACUCCUGUGGUGUUAGCUGCCCUUUCGGAGCCUCUAAAAAUUAUCAACGAUCUCCUGCAUACUCGUAAGGGGAAGAAGAGGGAACUAAGAUUCGAGUCCCUCUAUGCUCUAGAAAAGGAAGUAAGAAGUGUGCUGAGUGUUUUGGGAUUGAUGCCCCCGAGUUAUCACGAGGCUUUGCAGAUAUUGAGAGAAAAGGCGCUGAAAAGAGCUUCCUUAACCGAAGAGCAAGUUAUACAGAAGAUCGAAGAGCGGACUUCUGCGAGGGAAAACAAAGAGUACGAGAGAUCGGAUGAGAUCAGGAAGGAGUUAGCUGAUGCUGGGAUCGCACUAAUGGACGGGCCGGAUGGAACAGCUUGGAGACCUGCCGUACCUCCCGGUGUCCUACAACAGCUUCAGGCUGCAGCAGAAACGUCCAACUGAAGUUCUUGCUUUUGUGGUUGCGAAGGUCGUUGAAGCUCGUUGCAGCUCUUUGGCACGGCCAAUUUCUCCAACUAUUUAUUUGUCAGUUAUUGCCACUUAAAGUAGAAAAGCUGUUCCAGAAGCUAGCUCCCACAUGCUUCAAUUUUGGUCCCCGCUGAAGGUCCAAUAAGGUUACAUCAUUUCCUUUUGGAGUUGUAUGUUGGGAAAGCUUAGAAUUAUAAAGCUUGGAAGUUGGAAUAGAGAUAAAAAAAAAAGAAAAAAAGAAAAUCUUGCUCUUCUUGUGGUUUGUAGCUCAAAUAUUUAUUGUCAGCAAAGAGUUAUAGAGAAUUUUUUUUAA